CAGAGAGUACCUCGAGGAAGCUUCCUUAUGUAGAAAAACCCAACAAGAAACAGUCCACUUUCUGGCAAACUUGUGAAGCAAAACUGUCAAAAUGGCAGAAAAUAAGGACGGUAAUAUUAAAAACGCAGAUGUCAGACCCAAAAGCAGCCGGAGCAGAAGCGCGGACAGAAAGGAUGGUUACGUCUGGAGUGGAAAGAAGCUCUCCUGGUCUAAAAAGAGUGAGCAUUGUUCUGAGGCUGAAACAGCAAGUACUGGGGGAAGAUCGGGGACUCAUUUAAGGAGCCAAGAGAGGAAGUACAGCUGCUCAUCUAUCGAGCUGGAUCUAGACCGGUCGUGCGGUCACCGGUUCUUAGGCCGGUCUCUCAAACAGAAGCUGCAGGAUGCUGUGGGUCAGUGCUUUCCCAUAAAGAACUGCGGCAGCCGGCACCCCUCAGGACUGCCAUCCAAAAGGAAAAUUCAUAUCAGUGAGUUAAUGCUGGAUAAGUGUCCUUUCCCCCCACGUUCGGAGCUAGCUUUUCGGUGGCACUUGAUCAAAAGACAUACAGCCCCUGUAAGUCCAAAAGGGGAAGACUGGAUAAUUACUGAUUUAUCCCAGCCUGAGGAGAGGGAGGAUCAGCUGCGAGACGAUGAGAUUGCCAACGGGGGAAUGGACUCUCCCUCCCAGUCCUGCGACUUUACCGACAGCGGUUCUUCUAGGAGUGAUUUGAGGUCUGAGUUGGUUACAGGUAAGGUGGCACGAAGCAGUAAAGAUGAGAGUGAUAUGGACUCUGAUGACGAAGUUAUAACACUCUGCACAAGUUCUAGAAAAAGAAACAAACCCAAGUGGGAAACAGAUGAUGAGCUGCUACGGAUGGAAACACCUCCAAAGUACCAUACGCAGAUUGAUUAUGUCCACUGUCUAGUCCCAGACCUCCUCCAGAUCAAUAACAAUCCCUGCUACUGGGGAGUCAUGGAUAAAUAUGCAGCUGAGGCAUUGCUAGAAGGAAAGCCAGAAGGAACAUUUUUGUUACGAGAUUCUGCCCAAGAAGACUAUUUGUUUUCUGUCAGCUUCAGGCGCUACAGUCGUUCCCUCCACGCACGGAUAGAGCAGUGGAACCACAACUUCAGCUUCGAUGCUCACGAUCCUUGUGUCUUCCAUUCUCCUGACAUCACAGGACUCCUAGAGCACUACAAAGAUCCAAGUUCCUGUAUGUUCUUUGAGCCACUUUUAUCCACUCCACUAAACAGGACUUUUCCUUUUUCUCUUCAACAUAUAUGUCGAACGGUUAUUUGCAACAGUACAACCUACGACGGUAUCGACGCGCUUCCCGUUCCUCCGUCGGUGAAGCUGUACCUGAAGGAAUAUCAUUACAAGUCAAAAGUUAGAGUACUCAGGAUUGAUGUGCCAGAGCAGCAAAGCUAGAAAAUAUU